CUAUGCUUCAUUGUUGCUCCUGUGCCCCCUUUCUCUCUCUCUUCAGUCUUCACCCAAAAAUUAAAGAUGAGUUUUUAGAGAGAGAAAGCAGCUGUGAUUAAUCACCAAUUAAAAACCUACGUUUUUUAACGUUAAUCUUCAUCUUCUUAAAAGCUUCAACCCUUUCCUUUUUACCCCUCUUCAACAAAAUCCAAACAGACUUUUAUUUUGAAACUCUCUAAAAAUGGCGUACCCUCCUUAGAACAAAUCAAAUCAAAUUCAAACAUUCUACAUUAACAAAACAGAAAGAAGAAAGAUGGGGUGUUGUGUGUCAAGAAUUGAUAGACAAGAAAUGGUGUCAAGAUGCAGAGCAAGGAAAAGGUACAUGAAACAAUUAGUUGAAGCUAGACAAUUUCUCUCUUCUUCUCACUCCUUUUACCUUCGUUCUCUUCGUUCUACUGGCUCCGCUCUCCUUCAAUUUUCCACCGGUGAAUCCUCUCUCCUCCGCCACAACCGCCAUAUCCCACCUUCACCGCCACCACUGCCGCCGCUUCCACAGACACCUCCGCCGCCAAUGUCUCCAACUACAGACACAUGGACGACCACUACUUCGACUACUACUACCUCAGCUCUUCCUCCUCCGCCACCGCCGCCUCCCCCUCCACCUCCGAUGACGGGUUCCACGUGGGAUUUCUGGGACCCGUUUGUUCCUUCCUCGGGGCCGCGGAGUGGGACCGAGGAAGAGGAGUGGGAGGAUGAAGCUGCUACUACAACUACUACGACUGUGACUCCGAUGAGAGCGGCGGCGAAUGUGGCGGCUACGCCCUCUGUGGUGAGCGGGUUUUCGAAAGAGAGUGAAAUGGCGGUGGUUGUUUCGAGACAAGGGAAGGAAUUAGUGGAGAUAAUUAAGGAAUUAGAUGAGUAUUUUUUAAGAGCUGCUGAUGCUGGUGGUUUUGUUUCUGGGAGUUUAGAAGUUCGUUCUUUCUCUAAUCAUCAUUUGGGUAAUUCAGGGAAGGUGUAUGAUAAUGGGAGGAGUAUGAGUAUGAGUUGGAGCCCAAUGUUAUGGGGUUCAAAUGGUAAAUUAAACGGGUUAGGAUGUGGUAAAUUAGGGGAUGAUAUGAUGUUUAGUAGAAUGGGAAUGGUUGAUAAUAAUAUAAAUGAUAUUAAUAGUCAUUGUUCAACUAUUGAGAGGCUCUAUGCUUGGGAAAAGAAACUCUUCCAUGAUGUCAAGAAUGCGGAGAAAACAAAGAUGGAGCAUGAGAAGAGGGUAGAGCAACUAAGGAGACUGGAAGUGAAGAGAUCAGAUUAUUUUAAGACAGAGAAAACAAAGAAAGAAGUUGAAAAAUUAGAGUCACAAAUAGAGGUUGCUUCUCAAGCCAUUCAAACAACCUCUAAUGAGAUCAUCAAAUUAAGGGAAUCUCAGCUUUACCCUCAACUUCUUGACAUUGUUAAGGGGUUUAUGUCGAUGUGGAGGAGCAUGUACGAGUGCCACCAAGUACAAAUGCACAUAGUUGAUCAGCUCAAGUACCUAAAUGCCAUGCCAUCUACAGAACCGACAUCUGAGAUCCAUCGCCAGUCCACAUUACAACUCGAGGUGGAGCUCCAACAAUGGCAUCAAUCCUUUUGCAACUUAGUCAAAGCUCAACGGGACUACAUUCGGUCCCUCACUGGGUGGCUGCGUUUGAGCCUCUUUCAGUUCAACAAAAACCCACUGAUGAGAUCAAUCCAAGACUCCACUAUCUACUCCCUUUGUGAACAAUGGCAGCUCGAAAUUGAUAAUGUACCCGACAAAGUGGCAUCGGAAGGAAUCAAAAGCUUAUGGACAGUGAUCCAUGCCAUUGUGAUUCAACAAUCUGAGGAACUUAAGCAAAAGAAGAGAUCAGAGGCCGCAAAUAAACAACUAGAGAAGAGAGCAGUUGAGCUAAGGUCUUUGGAGGUAAAGCACGGGGCAUACUCGAUGCCUGAGAUGUCAAGCUCAAAAAAAGGGCGGGACCCAGUUGGAGAAAAACGAGCAAAGGUAGACAUGUUGAAGGUAAAGGCUGAGGAAGAGAAGGCUAAGCAUGAGAAAGCAGUUAGUGUGACAAGGGCCAUGACAUUAAACAACAUGCAGAUGGGACUUCCUCAUGUUUUUCAGGCUAUGACUGGUUUCUCAAGUGUUUGUAAACAAGCUUUUGAAAAGGUGUACAACGAAGCCAAAAAUAUGGAUCAGGAGCACGAUGUCAAGAGGUUGAUGAUGGCUUAGAUACAAGCUGACAUAGAGCGUUUGUUGUGUGAUUUAUUUUUAUCAACUUUCUUUGUACAGCUCCGUCUUAGCCUUGGGAGGAUGAUUAGUAUAAGCCGACUGCCCCGUUAAUGCAUUUUGGUGUUAUUAUUAUUAAAUCAAGUUCCAAUGAAGUUUUCAGGGUGUGGAUUUGUGUUA